AGUCAGCUGACCAGGAGCGGGCACCACCCUCCAGGAGCAGGAAUGCAGCUGCGACAAGGGCCAUCACCUUCCAGGUAGGGAAACAGAUUCUCUGGGCAGUGACUGGAGAAGGACGUGCAGCAGCUCCAGGUCUGCAGGGUGUUUCACGGAGCAGCCAUGUCCACACUGUACCCAUCUCUGGAGGACCUGAAGGUGGACCAAGCCAUUCAGGCCCAGGCCAGAGACACCCCCAAGAUGCCCAUCCUGCCUGUGCAGGAGACACCUGUCCCCCAGCCUUCAGUUUUGUACCCAAACCUGGCAGAACUGGAAAAUUAUAUGGGUCUUUCCCUCUCCAGCCAAGAAGUCCAACAGAACCUGCCUCAGAGUCCAGACGGUGCCAGUACGGUGGUCUCUGGCCCUUCGCCGGGCCAGGUGGUGGCGCCGGUGUCCGGGAACAGCCUGGGCGUGCGGCGAGCGGAGAUCAAGCCCGGGGUGCGUGAGGUCCAUCUCUGCAAGGACGAGCGCGGCAAGACGGGGCUGCGGCUGCGGGCCAUCAACAAGGGGCUCUUCGUGCAGCUGGUACAGGUCAACACCCCUGCAUCCCUGGUGGGGCUGCGCUUUGGGGACCAGAUCCUGCAGAUGGACGGGCGCGACUGUGCCGGGUGGAGCACAGACAGAGCGCACCGGGCGGUGAAGAGGGCUUCAGCAGAGAAGAUCGUCAUGGUGGUUCGGGACCGGCCUUUCCAGCGGACGGUCACCAUGCACAGGGACAGCACCGGCCACGUGGGCUUCAUCAUCAAGAAGGGGAAGGUGGUCUCUGUGGUCAAAGGGAGUUCUGCGGCCCGCAACGGGCUUCUCACCAACCACUACGUGUGUGAAGUGAAUGGGCAGAAUGUCAUCGGGCUGAAGGACAAAGAGGUCACGGAGAUUCUGGCCACGGCCGGGAGCGUCAUCACCCUGACCAUCAUCCCCACCGUGAUCUACGAGCACAUGGUCAAAAAGUUGUCCCCGACGCUGCUCCGCCACACCAUGGACCACUCCAUCCCAGAUGUCUGACAUCACGGGCAGCUCUGCCCUCCCUCCUGCAGGAACGCAGAGGCCUCAGGACGCAGGUUUCGGGUUUCGGAGACCUGCUGCCUGAGCCGGGAUGUGCUGACGGGGUGCGCUCGGCGGGUGUGUGUGUGUGACCGCAGAGCACAGCAUCUUCAUGUGGAGCGCAGCCUCCGCGGAGCCUGACUUGCCUGGACUACGGCGGGCCAGGGCCACAGGCAGCGCUUGCGCGGGUUUCCGUGUCGCGGCAGCCGGCUCAGGGCCUCCGGAAGGGGCAGCUGGGUCCCUUUCGAGACGUCACCUCUACCAGAAGGACAGUCCACAUUGAGAGAACAGAAGCACAUUCCUUGUGAGAAUUUUCCCCUUUACUUGAUCUUUGACACACACUGUACAUGGGUAGAACUCCUCACUUAUCUUUUGAAUAAAGCUUUGAUUUUAAAUAAAA